UUCCAGUCCCUUACAUCAUGGAAAAUCCACAUGAACAGCAGCAGAAUGCUUUGCUGAGCAGAAUCGUUGCUAAUGUGGUCAAGUUGAAUCAAGUGGUGACGGAUCUGAACGAACGUUUGGAGGACAUCAACAAGCAUAACAAUGACAUAGCACUGAUUGCUCAAAUGUGGUCUACAUACGGUUCCUCUGUUCAGAUUCAUCUUGAAAGCACCGAUAACUUCUCCGAGCCCAUAUAGCUAUGCGUUUUCCUUAUAUACUUUCCUUUAGACUUUCUCAGUUUCCACGAAUUCGGCUAUCAAACCGUUCCGACAGUAUCUGUACAUAUUAUAUACAAAUGAAAUGCCUCUAUGAAAUGCUAAGCAAUUUUGAGUGGGCUACCCUUGAUUCAUGAACAAGA